UGCGAAGCACGCGCGUCAGCUCAGUGCUUGUAAACUCUGGAUGGACUGGUUUGAAAUGAUCGAAAGUUCGAUACGCUCCCGAACAGUGCUCGCUAGUGAUAUUUUGAAUUGGUGCUUUGAGUGAGUGACGGCGCGGGUCGCGAGCGCUAGACUCUACGAUGCCCCGAAUUGCACUAAAUGGGUAAUUGGUGUGUAGCAAUUUGAACAACCAUGAACUGUAAUAAAACAAUAACGAACUUUUCCACCGUGACGUGACACGAACAUCGACAAAAUGAAAAACAGUGAAGAGUGUUUAGACUGACCGGAGAAUUAUAUGAAAGAAACAGUUGUGAUAUUUAAUGAUCUUAUUUAAAUUAAGUUAUUUGUGAAUAGAAGACUUGUAUAUAUAAAUAAGUGCUAAAGACUCAGUGAGGGCAGAAAUUUUGGAGCUGAAGACUGCGGGUCGGAGCAGACUCGCGUGGAGGCGACCGGCGGCCAUUGCAGGCAUGGGAAUCAAAGUCAUGAUGAAAGCUUUCAGUAAGCCAAAAGACAUCCCAUCGCAGGUGCCCCCGCUGACGCCCGGCACCAACAAGAAGAUGGCCGAGGCGCUGAAGGCUACCUUCGCCUCCUGGGAGAAGGAGCAACUGCGCCUCGGCGUGCCCAAAGAUCCUCGACAAUGGAGCGAAGCAGCAGUAGCGGCCUGGCUGCGCUGGGCGGCGCGCGAGUUUUCGCUGGAGGGCGUGGCGCUGCAGCAGUUUGCGCGCGCGCAGGGCAAGGACAUCUGCGCCAUGGGACGCGAGGAGUUCGUCGCCCGCGCACCUGCCUUCAUGGGAGACAUACUGUGGGAGCAUCUGGAGAUUCUGCAGAAAGAUGUGGAGAAGGAGCGCUCCCUGCUGGCGAACGUGCCUCCGAACAUGUACGAGAGCAACGUCUGCCUACCCGAGCUGCCGGACUAUAUCCCGCCGCCAGCGCACCACUACAACAAUAACAACAACACCGGUGGUUACACGACAGGCGGCCCCCGCGACUCCACGUACGGGUACACGGAAGCGGCGGCGGCGCCGGCGCCCGCGCCGCCGGCCGCGUCCCCCCUGGAGGAGUACUACCAGCCCGAGUACCCCGCGCCGCCCGCGCCGCAGCCCUACCUCGACGAGUACUACCACCACGCGCACCACUCGCAGCCGCUCAUCGCGCACGAACACAAAUACCAGCCACAUGCGUACACCAAGCCUUAUCCUAGAGGUGCAGGCGGGAGGUACGGCGGCGAAGGCUACGGCGAGAGCUACCCGGCGGAGUACGGCGGCACGUGCUCCGAGUGGAGCGAGUGGCCGGGCGAGCAGCACGCGCUCAUCCCGCAGGACAAGCUCGCGUACCCCGCGUCAGGACCUUGCUUCACUGGUUCAGGCCCCAUCCAGCUGUGGCAGUUCCUCCUGGAGCUGCUGACGGACAAGGGCUGCCAGGGCUUCAUCUCGUGGACCGGCGACGGCUGGGAGUUCAAGCUCACCGACCCUGAUGAGGUUGCUAGACGCUGGGGCAUCCGGAAGAACAAGCCCAAGAUGAACUACGAGAAGCUGUCGCGCGGCCUGCGCUACUACUACGACAAGAACAUCAUCCACAAGACCGCUGGCAAGCGCUACGUCUACCGCUUCGUCUGCGACCUGCAGAGCUUGCUCGGAAUCUCACCAGAGCAACUGCACGCGAUGUACGAACCGAAGAUGGAGAAGAAAGACGACGACUGAACGUACACGUCAUCACGCACCGCAGAAACGCACCGCUCUGGCACGCUGCCAUAUUUCAUUAAAAAAAAAACAUUCGGAACUCUAUAUUGUCUAUCAAAUUUUCAAACGUCUCCUAAAUUCAAUAUCUUGUGAUAAGAACGUGUACUACCCAAUUUUCAAAGUUGCAACGAUCAUCACAUUGUUAGAGACUCACUUGCGUACACGACCUUAAGUUCUUUCAAGUCUAUUCAGUUUUGAUCUCAUAACCAGUGGAUUUCACGAGGCUUCGCCGAAGCUUAGCGAACCUAAGUGGUUCAGGGUACUAUUAAUCAUCUAAAAUUUACAUUAUUAUUUAUUAAGUCCCAGAAACCAACGGUGCCUUACUUCAUGACAUUAUUGACUGUUAUUCGAAAUCAUUUCAUUUCCAUUUGUUUGCAUCAAAAGUCAAGUUCGCGACAGUAUUAGAUGCUUCAUCAAUUGUAUUGAAAUUAUAAAUCUGAACGUUUUGGCUUCAACGUUUCUGUCAGCACCUGAAACGAACACGAUUAUGGAUAAUUGAGUACUGAAAUAGUAAAAUUCUGCUAUAAAUUUAAUGGUAACUGUAAAUAUAAGUUAAUUUUGUUAGGUACUUUAUAAAAAUAAUUAGGUAUUAUAUUAUAGUAAGUAUUAAGUGUUGUAUGUUUGAUUCGCAAGUUGUUGCAAUAUGCUGUAAGAAUAAAGCAUAGUUAGAAUCGAAUGGUGAAGAAAGUUUUUUUUAAAUUAUACGAAAAAUAUUUUAAAAAGUCCAAAGAUUGUAAAAUCUGUAUAACUCUAUACCCACCAAUUGGUAACAGUUUGGUAAACUACCAAAGGGCUUACUCUAACCUUCGGCAGGGGGUUUACUAUGGUUUCAAUUCUCUUUUUUGCAAUGCCAUUUCUGACUAGUUUGUACAGACUAUAAUAUUUGAAAGCACCCAAGGGCAAGGGCAUAAAGUCCAUGCGAAUGCUUGAGGGCUCGUCCAGAAGGAAAUUAUUGUCACACCGGGCGACACCGGCGCUGAUCUCGUGGUAACGGAAUGUAACGUCUUACUAGUAAUGAAAUUAAUUAGUUGUAUUAUUUUCAAUUUUUAUAGCUCCUAGCAUACACCGAAGAUAUUUCGUUAAGGUUUAUUUUGUAAAAUAUUUUUCCUCCAUCAAUAUCAUACUUGCCUACGGAUAGGUAUGUGCAAAAUUAAGUAGUUGGACUAUGCCUGUUGAGCGUGUACAGGUUGAUUCACGGAUGCUGGCACGAAUGGAAUGAACGAAACUUUUAUUGUGUGAGUAACACCUGCAUCGGUAUACAGUCGUAACUGUCAAAAGCCACUCUGUUAUUGGCUAAUCUGUCACAAAAAUAUCUAUUUUCAUUCACUCAUUCGUUCCAUUCGUAUCAGCUCUUGCGAAUUGACCCGUAACACACG